AUGUUGACUUUUCGCUCUGUACUGGCGGUCGCGUCGGUGCUGGCGGUGUCCUCGGCUGCUGUGUACAACACGUUUGAUGGUGAAGGGUUUCCGUCGUGCUAUAAUGUGACGGAGGUGCAUGAUGCGACGAGCGUUGAGCAGAUUCAAUCUCUGGUCAAGGAUGCUGCGAAGAGGGGACUGCAAGUUCGUGCUGGUGGUAAGGGACACAUGUGGUAUGAUACGCAGUGUUCUGAUGAUGCGACUGUCAUUAUUCGCACAGAGUUUGUGAAUAAGAUAUCGGGCUUUGACCUCAAUGCCGGGACCGUCACGGUGGAAGCGGGCGUUACGUUCUUCCAGCUUGCUGAGUAUUUGCAUGAGCGUGGGGCGAACAUGGGAACCGGUUUAGUGAACUGGAAUAUCUCCCUCGGCGGCAGUGUUGCCAUGGGAGCUCAUAGGACUUCUCUUCGAGAAGAUGCAGCGGUUGUUGGUGGCGUGCUGGCCAUGGAUAUCAUCGAUGGCAAUGGCGAUGUUCGGCAUAUUGAGCGCGACGAGUCCAACGACGACUGGCUCGCAGCAUCGACAUCGCUCGGUCUGUUGGGAAUAAUCGGAAGAUUGAAGAUGAAGAUCUUUCCCGAAGUCAAGGUUUAUGCCAUGCAAAAGACUCUGGAAGAGAAAGACGUUCUCAACGGUGAUAUUUACGGCAUGAUUGCACCUUACAUGACUGCCAAUCUCUGGUGGUGGCCAUACAAGAGAAAGUUCCACUGGCGAUACUACGACACCGUCGACUUCAACAAAAGUAGCCAGCAAGGCUUCCAAUCCACCUUCUCCGUCACCGCCCUCGAAGGCGGCGCCGCCAAGGCCCUCCUCGACAGCGGCAAAUACCUCCCCUCGUCAAACUGGAUAGCCGAGGAAAUCUUCUUCGGACAAUGGGAAGCGCCCAACUUCCACGAAAAGACGACCAACGAGCCCAUCAAGGAGUGGCCCGUGUACGGAUACCACUACGACGUGCUCAUCGGCGGCCUGUACCCGGACCAAAAGGCAGAAUGGGACUACGGCCUGCACGGCUACACCCUCGAGUUAGCAUUCCCCGUGACAAUGGCGAACAAGAUGCUCAAGCGGGUGAGGGAGCUGUUUGACGCGGAGGCCAAGAAACUCAUCUUCAUGACGUCCACGUACCGUAGUGGAAUUAACAUCAAGUUUGGGAAGGCGAAUUUCGACUUUUUGGGCCAGGUUACGCUGAAUACUUCCGAUGGGCAGGAUUGGUCAAAGGGGGCUAUUAUGUUUGACUUUCCGAGCUAUCACCCUUCUGUGGGGGAUCGCAAGCGAUACAACGAGGACUUUUAUAUUAAUCUGGCGAAUACGCUGGUCAAGGAGUUUCCUUGCAGACCUCACUGGACGAAGAAUACGCGCGAUGUGCUGACGCGGUCUGUGAAAAAUCUGGAUGCUGGUUAUUUGAAGCGGUUCAAGGCUGUGAGGCAGAAGAUGGAUCCAAAGGGGAUUUAUAGGAGUGUUGUGGGUGAGAUUCUGGGCAUGUAUAAGUGA